AUUAUAUUUAAUGUGAAGAUUCCGAUGUGUGAGUCUGGUUAAAUUAAAGUUCAAGAAGGAAAAAUUACCUUUCUUAAGAAACUUUGGUCAAAUUAGAGUGGUUGACUCUUGUUGUUGUCUUAAAGUUAGCUGUUUUGCAUGACGUUAACCAGCAUGGUGUCUGCAUAUUUUGCAGAUUAAACCGGAGCUAAAAGUUUAAAUAUGCUGCAGAUGCUCGCCGUGCUGUCACGGCGGGGCCCCGCCGCGGCCGCUGUUCGGUGCCUGUCCUCGGGCUCGGUAGACGUCACGCUGCCGCUGAACUUCUGGGCCGGAGAGAGAAGGACAAGCCGAGAGGAAUGCAGCAAGGAAAAGGUUUACGAACCAGCAACUGGCCGUGUUUUGUGCCUUUUGGAGCCAUGCGGUGCUGCGGAGGUUGAUGAGGCUGUGAAAGCUGCUAAAUUGGCCUUUGUCCCCUGGAGCAAAAUGUCAGGGAUGGAGAGGGCUAGGGUCAUGAUCAGAGCUGCACAUAUAAUUGAGAGCAGGAGGGAGGAUCUUGCUGAGAUGGAAGUGGUGAACAAUGGGAAGUCCAUCACAGAGGCCCGUCUGGACGUGGACUCUGCUAGACUUUGUAUUGAAUACUACGCAGGACUGGCCGGCACUCUGGCAGGUCAGCAUAUUCAGCUGCCUGGGGGGUCCUUCGCCUACACCCGCAGGGAGCCUUUGGGGGUGUGUGUGGGCAUCGGUGCUUGGAAUUAUCCCUUUCAGAUAGCUGCCUGGAAGUCAGCGCCUGCUCUGGCUUGUGGUAACUCGAUGGUGUUCAAGCCAUCGCCUGUGACACCGCUGACAGCAGUCUUACUAGCAGAGAUCUAUGCUCAGGCCGGAGCACCUGAUGGGCUCUUCAAUGUGGUGCAGGGGGGCCAGGAGACUGGCAGCUUACUGUGUCACCACACUGAUGUAGCAAAAGUGUCUUUCACUGGAAGUGUGUCCACAGGACAGAAGAUCAUGGAGAUGGCAUCAAAGGGGGUCAAAUCGGUGACGCUGGAGCUCGGAGGGAAGUCUCCUUUGAUCGUCUUUGAGGACAGUGACCUGGAAAAUGCCGUGAGGGGAGCUCUAAUGGCCAACUUCCUCUCCCAGGGACAGGUCUGCAGCAACGGUACAAGGGUGUUUGUUCAGAAGGAUAUCGUCCCCGAGUUUGUGGAGGAGGUGGUAAGGAGAACCCGAGCGAUUACAAUUGGAGACCCUCUAUUAGAGAGCACCAGGAUGGGAGCACUGGUCAGCCGACCACACCUGGACAAAGUGCUCUUCUUUGUUGAUCAAGCAAAGAAAGAGGGGGCCACAGUGUGCUGUGGAGGAGAACCAUUUGUCCCAACAGAUCCCAAACUCAGGGGUGGAUACUACAUGACUCCAUGUGUACUUGGUGACUGCAGAGAUGAGAUGACCUGUGUGAAGGAGGAGAUCUUUGGUCCAGUCAUGUCCGUGUUGUCGUUUGAAACAGAAGAGGAGGUGCUGCAAAGAGCCAAUGACACCACGAUGGGUCUGGCUGCAGGCGUCUUCACCAGGGAUGUAACGCGGGCCCAUCGAGUGGUUGAACAGCUCAAAGCUGGUUCCUGUUUCAUCAACAACUACAACAUCACUCCUGUGGAGGUGCCAUUUGGAGGCUUCAAGAUGUCAGGUAUAGGGCGAGAGAACGGCCAGGUGACGGUAGAGUACUACUCCCAGCUGAAGACCGUGUUUGUGGAGAUGGGCGAUGUGGAAAGCCUGUUCUAACUACAGAAGCGCAGGAAGCUGCAGCUGGAGCACUGAGCCAGCUGAACGAGUUGGGCUGGACCAGCUCACUGUCUGCCAUCAUGCAGGAAGACCAACAUGAAGCUCAGCUGCACACGUUCAAGAGGAAACGAGCCUGAAGGACGGGGUCAUUUAGUGCAGAAACAUGGUCAGUUUGUAUUUAAUACCAA